AUGUUAGACAGGAACACGGGUUUGCAAUUUUUAGUGGACAGCGGUGCUGACGUAUCAAUUAUUCCAUAUGGUCAGAAAACUUCAGCACAGGUAAAUUCGAACAAUGACUUCAUCUUGUAUGCUGCUAAUGGUACUCGGAUACCCACCUAUGGCAUCAUAAUUAUGGAAAUCGAUUUAGGUCUAAGGCGUGCAUUUAGAUGGCCUUUCAUCAUCGCCAAAACCUCAAGAGGCAUUCUGGGUGCUGACUUUUUGAAAAAAUUCAACCUACUCGUCGAUCUGAAGAGACAACAGUUGGUGGAUGGCGACACUAAGCUUUGCAGAAAAGGUGAAUUGGCGUCCAUCACAUCAGAAGAUGUAGUGAGUACUUUAGUCAGUGAAAAACUUGAUAAAUUCAGUGUACUAUUGAACAAUUAUUCUGAGUUAACUCGACCAAAUUUUCUGCCUAGUAAUGUUAAGCACAAUGUUAAAUAA